AUGGCUAAACAUAUGGAGUACAAAAUCUUAAAUCUUUACAAAACUAGACAAUAUGAUAAAUGUCUUAAAUUAUGCGACAUAGCCCUGCAAGAGAAGACUGAUAGAAUGUUAGAGUACAUACGAAUGCGUGCUAUGACUAUUCAGGCGAAAAUAGCUGGUAAUGGGUAUGAAGAAGUGAAUUACUAUCCUCAACAGAACGAACUCACGUCUACCACAGUUGCCAAAACACCAAGACCGGGGACAUCAUUUCAGAGAAAUAUUAAAACUGCUCAAGGUGAUGCUAACCUAAAUCCAAGGACAUAUACCCAAAGAGCUACAGUAAAUACAUCCCGAACUCGAACAGCCCGAUCAGUUCUUAAUACUGCAUCAAGGGCUUCUAGAGCUGCUACGGCAAUUGCUGGAGGAACUACGUUCACAUUAGAUGCUCCUGUCACUCUAAGAUUUCUUAACAAGGAUGACAAAUUGUUUCUAUCCGCUGCUAAGACUUUAUUUGAAUAUAUUUAUUAUUGUGAAGGGGACGUGAGAAAGGCCAUGGAGGUUGCAUUUCAAGCGCAAAAAAUGGAUGAUACAAAUGAUUGGUGGUGGAAGUUUUCUCUUGCCCGCUGUUAUGAGACACUUGGGAUGUAUAGGAACGUGGAAGAAUGUUUAAGAUUGGCGUUGAAACAGAUAAAACAUAUUUCAAUAUAUCUAAGAUUGAUUGCUAUGUACGUUGGUCUCCAACAACCACUUUCAGCUCUUGACGUUUGCAAACAGGGCUUAUCCGUGUUUCACGAGUAUACUCCACUCUUACUGGAACAAGCACGAAUACAUGAGAACAUGGGCAAUAGUGCUGUAGCUGUCAAGUACUACAGAAUAGUUGCAACGGAAGACCCCACUAACAUGGAGGCAAUAGCUAAUAUCGCUAUGUACAAUUUUUAUAAUGACCAGCCCGAAAUUGCUUUAAGAUAUUACAGGAGACUACUAGCAACAACACCAGUUGGUCCCGAAAUUUACAAUAAUCUUGGGCUGUGUUGUCUAUACUGCAAUCAGUGGGAUCUGAUAAUACCUUGUUUUAGACAGGCUUUAUAUUAUUUUACUAAUCCAGAGUCCCGAUCUAGUAUAUGGUUUAAUCUGGCCCACGUUGCUUUGUCUACUGGGGACUUGACUCUCGCUCGACGAUGUCUGCUGGCCAGUCUCGCUAUAUCGGAACAUGGAGCUUCUAGGAGAGCUCUGUGUGCCUUAGAUAAGCGAAUCAGAGCAUUAAAAUCCAGAGUAGACUAA